AUGGAAUUCGCUAUCCGCCUGGACGCGUACAACAACAUUGAGCCGGUGCUCUACGAUGCCCUGGUUUCCCGGAUCACGUAUGAGGGUGAGGUUGACAUCUGGAACACUGCACAGACCCGAUGGUGUCGGCUUCCGAGGGAAGCGUCCUGGGACCUCAGUCCGAACUAUACAAGUGUAUGCGUGAGGGCGACCCAAGGAGCAGGCUUCACACCGGGACUAGGAUGGGAGAUUUCCCGGUUGGAGGAACAGCAUGGUAGCGCGAGGAAGGACGUCGGUGUCGACGCUCCGGAGCCAUCUUUGUCCAAAUAA